AUGACGGGGAAGCGCAAAGGGCCACCCCCGGAGAAGCGUCCUCCUAUCACGCAUUUUCUCUGUCUCCCGUUGGUCAAUUUGAACUCGAUCCCUCAGCUGGAAGCAUCAAUAGCUGCUUUCAAAAAGGAUAAUCCACCAGUUCCAGUUGCGGACUUACUCCAAAACCAUGCUCAACCGUCAAGAGAUGCCUCGCGGCCCCCCAUCCCCGAGGGCGCUAUUCGUCCCCUGGGCACGCUGCAUCUAACACUCGGCGUCAUGAGCCUCCCAAGCAAACGUCGUUUAGACGAAGCCAUCUCUUUUCUACGGUCGCUCGACCUAGCCAAGCUGAUGCACGAGGCGGAACAAGUAGCGCUCCGAAAGAAAAAGCGAAAUUCCCCCAAACCAGCAAACGAUGUGGCGAGACCUCCCAAACCCUUGUCCAUCUCUCUGGAAUCUCUGCAUGCACUACCCAGAGCAAAUUCAGCUACCGUUCUACAUGCCUCGCCUGUCGACUCCACAGGCCGCCUGUACCCAUUCUGCCUGAUGCUGCGGGAUAAAUUUCUCGAAGCGGGUUUCCUGAUUGAGUCGACAGGGAACACCAAGAACAAAGAGCCUGCGAGGAGCAGUGUUCCAGAUCGAAAACAGAAUCAACCGGGAUUAUCUAGCGCUCGGGAGACGACCGAACUGGAUCCUUAUGCUGCGGCUCUUGCCCGACAAUCGAAAUUACGGCCACUUCUUCUGCAUGCGACGAUUGUAAACACGAUUUACGUGCGGCAACCGAAGCCCGCGCGUGGUUCUUCAAAUUCUACCACACAAUCUGCUAAGGGCAAGAAAACGGUGACGCGCUUUGAGUUUGAUGCGAGAAAACUUCUGGAUCGGUAUAAAGACUAUUAUGCCGAUGAAGCGAGGACAGUGCCGCGUCGGCAGGCCGUUUCUACUCCCCCUUCUGCGUCUGUACCGGCUAAGCCAAAGCAUCCAUUCGUCUGGGCGAAAACAAUUCCGAUUGACUCGGUGACUAUCUGUGAGAUGGGAGCGAAGAAGCUUGAUCUUGAUGGCGAUACUGACGGGUUGAAAGCGCGGCUUGGCCAGGAGUAUACCACUGUUGCGCGUCGGGGUUUCGGUCCCCGGUAA